CAACCUCAUCCCAAUUAUUUCCCAUCUUGCCAAACCAGGUUCACUUCCCAUCGUGUUAGUCACACACAUAUCACUCUUCACACCCACAAGAAGCACAAGCAUGGCUCUCCACAGUGUCAUGCUUUGCUCAAUCCUCCUCCUCUCUCUCCUAGCCCCAUCAGCACUUGCUCAAGCUCCUGCACCCUCGCCAUCGACCACCCCCAUGACAAUGCCACCCUCCCCCCACGCCACCCCUCCCCCCGCCAUGGCUCCGGCUCCAACCACCAUGGCACCGACCCCCGCCGCCACCCCUGCCUCAUCGCCUUCACCGAAGAUGUCUCCCCCGACUUCCGCCCCUACAAUGAGCCCUGGCCCGUCCAUGAGCUCGCCGUCGCCCGCGUCAUCUCCGCCCAUGAUGGGACCUUCGCCCUCUCCUCCCGCGCCUCCAUCAAUGAGCCCAAGUGAAAUGACACCGUCACCCUCCACGCCACCGGUAGCCUCCCCGCCACCGGUAGCCUCCACGCCGAGCAACAACAUUGCUGUUGCUCAAGGGAGUAACUUGGCCUUGAUGAUUCUAUCUGCAGCAGUUGCAUUCCUGCUCUAAAUUAUCACACAGGGUCCAUUUGUUUGAAUUUCCUGUAGAUUGAGAUUUCCUUUCACGUAAUUCUUUUGUCCUUUGUUUGUCCUGUUCUUUCUUUAUAUUUAGUCAUGGGUUUCUUCCUUCCCGUGUUAACUUCUCUGAUUCUUGGGGUACCUACCUAUUACACAUAGGUGAUCAUUUGUGAGGAUUCUCGAGAUAUGUUACAGCACUUUGUAGCAUUAUGACAGUGUAGCUGAAUAAGAUGGAUGUUGUCUGGUUUGUGUUUCA